AUGGGAAAUGGAGGAAUCUUUAACUGUGCUCGACCCAGUGAAAUUCAAGGCAUCGCAUCUACGAAUGUACCAGCAUACACAAAUCGAAGAACUUCUCCGUCUCAUGCAAACUAUCUUUAUGGUGUAUAUACUGGUGUUAAAUGGCAAUGUGUAGAAUUUGCUCGUCGAUGGCUCUUACUACGUAAGAGUUGCAUUUUUUCAGAUAUAUACAUUGCUUCUAACAUUUGGAUACAUAUAACCUAUGUUGAACGUGUUACCGAUGGUAAAAAAUUUCGAUUAAUUCCUCAUCGAAAUGGUUCGAAGAAAAAGCCAAAAAAAGAUUCAUUUCUUAUUUAUCCACGUAGUCGACGUAUGCGCGUUGGACAUAUUGCUGUUAUCACAGAUGUUGAUGAAAAUUAUGUUUAUAUUGCUGAACAAAAUCAUAAGUCUCAUUAUUGGUCCGCUGAUUAUGCUCGUCGAGUGCCGCUCACUUUUAUAGAUGGUGGUUAUUAUAUCAAUGACAAUUAUGAUCUAUACGGAUGGAUGGAAAUUGAAGACAGCGAUCAAUUACAACCAUUGAAUGAAUCAAGUAUUCAACGAAUUUUAAAAACAUAUCAGAUAUAUCACGGAUAG